AUGUCUGGGUUUGUUAAAAAUGGGAUGGUUUUUGAUGCUCGCAAGGUGUUCGAUGAAAUGGCAAACAGAAACGUUGUGUCUUGGACUGCAAUGUUGGAUGGGUAUGCCAAAUGUGGGAGAUUGGAUGAGUCCAGAGUUAUGUUUGAUGCUAUGACUGAUAAGAAUGUGGUGUGUUGGAAUGUUAUGCUUUCUGGGUAUGUGACGAACGACGAAAAGAUGAAGCGAGAGGCUUGGAAUGCUAUGCUUUCUGGGUAUGUGGAACACGAUUCUUCAAGGAUGGUGGUGGCAGGUGGGGUGGAGGCGGUGGUGACCGGUGGCACAGGAGGUUUAAGCAGUAAGGGAGCAGUUAUCGGAGGUGUGGUGGGAAGUGUAGGUGCUCUAAUCAUAUUGCUAAUAGCUUUACUUUUGUGGUAUCGUCAAUCAAAAAGAACAACACCAAUAGGUAGCUUAUACGUGGUAACUGAAUUGCAAAGUUCAAAGGACUACUUGCAACUCGUCUUCAAGAAGAAAGGAAUCUACUUGCAACUCGUCUUGACGAAGAAAGGAAAGCCAGGGAAGAACUUCAAAAACAACUUCAAGAAUUUAUGA